AUGAACGGCACUCUUGUUGGCGCGUCCCCGGUGGGCUCCGAGAAGGUCCUCCGUCACCACGAAUACUACAUCUCUGGCGGAGAUGUCGUCUUCCGCGUUGGCAACUUCCUGUUCCGCGUCCAUCGCUACUUUUUCACACGGGAAUCGGCAUACUUCCGUGAACGUCUGCCGCAAGCAUCGUCGCCAGGGGACUUCACGAAGGGAUCCAAUGACAGCCACCCCUACGUUCUUGAGGAUGCUACAUCUGAGGACUUCGCUCGCUUCCUCUGGAUCUUCUACAACCCGAAAUACUCCGUCUACAAGGCCAACGUCGAAGUAUGGCUCUCUAUCUUGAAGCUCGCGCACAUCUGGCAGUUCCCUGAGGUUAGGCAACUGGCCCUCCGUUCCGUCGAGGAGCACGAGAUCGACCCCAUCAAGAAGAUCGUCUUUUACCACACAUACGAGGUCGACCGUGACUUGCUUACGCCUUCUUACCUUGCGCUCGUUAUGCGCGAGGAGCCUAUCACGCUGGAGGAGGGUCUUGAGCUUGGUAUCGAGACCGCCCUCAUGAUCGCCCGCGCUCGCGAGAUCGCUCGCGGCCCCAGUGGUGCCAAGAAGGGACAUGCGCGCAUGGCCUCUUCGCCCGUCACCGUCCCCCAGUCCGACCUCGAGAGCAUCAUCAAGGAGCUCUUCCGUACACUCAGCGCCAACCCCGCUACCGCCAUCCCCUCGUCGGCUGAGCUGCCCUCAGGUCGCAGCACGCCCACCAAGCCCACCACUACAUCCACUUUUCGCUCUGGCGGUGAGGGCCAACGACGCCCGGCGCCGGCCCCCAGUCCCCUGGCCCGAACGGAAACGCGACCACCACCACCACCAACGGCAACGGCAUCCUCGGCUCCGCAAACGGCAGCGUCUUCGGCACGCCCAAGAACGGAACCGCCGCCGGUCGCGGGGCCAAGUGAGCGCCCGCGCGUACGCUCGCCACCGCCGGUGUCGCUGCCCGUGCCGGCACCAUUCUCAGGCGAGGCGAGCGUCAACGCGGAAGCACGGGGUGGGAGGUGGAUAGGCGAGGGCGGAAGUAUGGUGUGGAGCGGCGUGGAUCAUACCCAGGACGUCGGCAGGCCCGACAAUCUGCGCGUCGAUACGAUGGCGCGCGCGGCUUCGAGCGGCGCGACGACGGGGCUGUUCGGACUGAGCAGCAUUCUCGGUUCGGCAGCUGCUGGCGCGGCAGGAUUCUUCGCGAAUGCUGGCGGCGACGACACGGAGUUGACCAGCGACGCGGAGAGCGAGGUUCCCAUCGUUGGCGGCUUUCCCGGACGGCGUACGAAGAAGGAGGAAAAGUCUGCGGACGAUGUCGAAGCCGAGGCCGCGCAGGCGCGCGCUGUGGCAGAGGCACAGGCGGAAGAGGCAAAACGCGCGGAGGAAGAGGCGUUGAAGCAAAAGCAGGAGGAAGAGGCGGCAAAGGCGCGCGCGGAAGCCGAGGAACGCGAGAAGGCUGAAGCUGCUGCGAAAGCGGAAGCCGAUACGAAGGCGAAGGAGGAGGCCGAUGCAAAGACUCGGGCCGAGGCUGAAGCUGCUGCCGCUAAAGCUAAGGCUGAAGCUGACGCUGUGGCCGCGAAAGCUGCUGAGCAAGCUGCCAAGGUACAGGCGAAGGCGGACCUGGCGGCUCAAAAGAAGAAGGAGCGCGAGGAAAAGAUCGCCGCGCGGAAGCGCGCCAUCGAGGAGGAGAAGCGGGCGAAGGAGGAGGCCGAGCGCAAGCGGAAGGAGGAGGCCGAGGCCAAGGCUAAGGAGGAAACUGAACGCAAGGCGCAGGAGGACCAGGAGCGCAAAGAGAAAGCUGAGGCCGAACGCAAAGCGGAGGCUGAACGCAAGGCGGAGGCGGCGAAGAAGGAGGCUGAGCGCAAGGCGGCGGAGGCUGCGGAGCGCAAGGCGGCGGAGGCUGCGGAGCGCAAGGCGAAGCUCGAACGCGAGGCCGCGGAGCGCAAAACCGAAGCUGAGCGCAAGGCGGAGGAAGCUCGUAAAGCCAAGGAGGAGGCUGAUCGGAAGGCGAAGGAAGAGGCCGAGCGCAAGGCGAAGGAGGAAGAGGUCCGCAAGGCAAAGGAGGACGCGCGUCUGGCGAAGGAGAAGGCGGAGCGCGAGGCUAAAGAGGCAGAAGAGCGCAAGAAGCACGAAGAGGAAGAGGCCGCACGUCUCGCUGAGGAGGCGCGGAAGGAGACUGAACGUGUCGAGGCUGAACGCAAAGCCGAAGAGGAGCGCAUCGCCAAGGAGAAGGCCGACCGUGAAGCCGAAGAGGAACGUGCGCGUCUUGCCGCUGCUGAGGCUGCCAAAGCGGAAGAGGAACGUCUCGCUAAGGAGGCCGAGGAAGCUCGUCAGGCAAAGGAGAAGGCCGAACGUGAGGCUGAAGAGGAACUCGUCCGUGUUGCCGCCGCGAAAGCUGAGGAGGAGCGUCUCGCGAAGGAGCGUGAAGCUGAGGCUGAGCGCGUCCGUAUCGCCGCCGAGAAAGCCGAGGCUGAGCGUGUUGCCAAAGAAAAGGCUGAAGAGGAGGAGCGUGUACGUGCCGCUGCCGCAAAGGCGGAGGAGGAACGUCUGGCGAAGGAGAAGGCGGAUCAAGAUGCUGAGGCUGCACGCAAGAGGGCUGAGCAAGAGGAGAUUCAAGCCCGUAAGGCUCAAGAAGCGGAAGACGCUAUCGCUCGACAGCGCGCGCUCGACAAAGCCGCGCGGGCAGGCCAGCAACCGCCGCCCUCACCGUCGAAAAGAACCAGCAGCAGCAAUGUCAAGCAACCUCUGGCAAGGCCAUCUCCCGCGCACAGCAGCAGCUCUUCCGGCAGAAACGGUACGAUCCGCCAGUCGGCCCAGACCUCUGCGCCGAGCCCUCAACAUGCAGCGUUUGCCGGCGUCCCCACUGGUCGACCCCCGCCGUUGCAGACGCAGAAACCCGCAUCGUCACCGGCGACCACUGGCCGUCCCAGCCUGUGGAAUCGUCUCUCUGCUGUGGCCGGUGGUGUGCUCUCCCCGAGCCCUGAGCCCCAGACACCCACUGGUCCCGCACACCAAUCUCCAGGCCGCCAUCGCCCCGCCCCCUUACCUUCAGCGCGUCCUCUGAUGCCCGGCAACAUCUUCGAUCCGAGUUCGAGCGAGGCCAGCGUCAGCGAGUCCGACGGAGGUCCACCAUCACCCAACCUCUCGCGCACCGGUCAAACGACGGUGUCCGGGACCACGACAUUAACUGGUGCACCUUCUGAGGUCUCCGCGACGACCACGCUUGCGCCGACCCUACAAGCCGCCCAGGCAAAGAGUCCCGGCAACACUCGCAAGCCACUCGACGCAGAUGCCGAGUUUAACACUCCUCGCGCCAGCGCUCGUCAGCUCGAGGAUCCUGACACCAAGCCUGCGCCUGCUGCUCAGCCCAUCAAGACCGAUGUCGACCCCGCUUCGGAAAUAUCGCCGCCUACGGCUGCUACGCAGGCCAACCUGAAGGAAGCUCAGCUCUUGAAUAGCGGGAUGCCAGUACCGACCGACGCGUCUUCCGUCGUGUCCUUCAAGACUGCAGGCACGGAUGAGGCAGGGUCUGUAAGCGCUGGUCUCCCUCAAGAAGACCCUUGGGAGGUUGUUACCGGGUCGACUACAGAUGCGACGUCACCGUCAGCUCCCAACGCCAAAGAGCAGACUAAGGACGUCCCGCCACCUGUCGAGAAGGCAGCCGACGCCACUCCUGAGCUCGAACCUUCGACAGCAGCGGCCGGUGUACAGCCGCCCAAGGAGAGUGCCGCUCAGGCCACCACAUCCGUCGAGACGAAACCUACCAAGCUCGCUGCUCCGGAACCGCUGUCGUCGACCAUCUCUCAAGAUACCAUUCGCGAUAUGAACGACAAGUCCGAGGAACCGGUUGCCUCUUCUGCGCCCGCGCCUGCAGACGAGGUCGCGGCUGUAGCUUCUGAAAGCGAUGUACCGCCUGCACCGCCUGCGAAGGACGCGUCUCCCAAGCCUGAUCCCGCCACAACCAAGGCCGAGGCCGACGCGAAAGGCGAACAGGUCGAGCCCGUAACCGCGAAGGACAGUGUCGAGGUGAAGCCCGAUCCCGUCGACGCUGCUGUCGCAACUGUGGCUCCCGAUACACCGAAGGUUGACACCGCGUCCAAAGACAAAGCGGGAAAGGCGAAGGACGAGUCUAGCGCGGACGCGGAGCCUGCGGGUAAGGAGGAAUCCAAGGCCGCCGCCGCUGUCGACGACGGGAAGACUGUCAUUGCAGACGACGCUGCGAAGAAGUUAGACGAAGCUGCUGUCUCCAAGGGUACCGAUGUCGGCGACGACUCGAAGACUGUCAUCGCCACCGACGAGGCUAAGGACAAGCCCGAGGACAAGAAAGACAACACAGAGGCAUCGAAUGACACUGAGGGUGCUUCGACGCCAGCAGCUGCUGGUACCGACGACGCCACACGACCAGAGAGCCCGACCAGCGAACGUCCAGUGACGCCCACGAUGAGCAAGAGCGCCGCUAAGAAGGCGCGUCAGGCUUUGCGCAAAGCCGCUGUGCUCGCUUCGGCAACGAACGUUGCUGGUCCGGGUGAUGAGAGUGCUGCGCCGUCCGCACCUGGUACACCGACUACCGAGCAACCUCCUGGCGACGACGGUAUGACUUCUGCAAGUGAAGCUACGGGCGCCAUCUCCCAAAGCGACAUGUCCGAGAUGGAAUCCUCCACGCCCCCCAGCCCUGUGGUCGAGAAGUCUGCUUUCGACCUGGCGGCUCCACCUCCGCCCGUAUCCCAAGCCGCCCCGCAACAACCGCAGCAGACACCAACCUCUCAGAAGACGUCUGGUACUAGUGGUGGACAGAAGAAAAAGAAGAAGAAGACAAGCGGCAAGUAG